AAAGCUAAUUCCAAUUCUGUUAUAACAAAGUUAAUUCAGUUAGAAUACAGUAGUAUAAAUAUGUAAAGAAGUGGAAUUAAAAGGAUAUGAGAAAAAUACUUAUCUGAAUUAGGGUUUCUUUUCCCCUUUUGGCAAUGAUGAACGGAGGAGGAAGACGACGAAUCGUGCUGAUAACUGGAGUCGGAAAAGGACUCGGAAGAGCCCUGGCUCUUGAACUCGCCCAUCGUGGUCACACUAUAAUUGGCUGCUCCCGUUCUCAAGAUAACCUCAAUUCCCUCCAAUCCCAACUCUCUUUUUCUUCUUCCAACCAUUUGUUACUCAACGCCGACGUGAGCUCCAAUGAGAACGUUCAAGAAAUGGCCCGCGUUGUCAUGGACAAUAGAUCUGUUCCUGAUAUCAUAGUGAACAAUGCAGGUACAAUCAACAAGAACAACAAGAUAUGGGAGGUUCCGCCGGAGGACUUCGACGCGGUCAUGGACACCAACGUCAAAGGCACGGCGAACGUGCUGCGGCACUUUAUCCCUCUCAUGAUAGCCGCGAAGAAGAUGGAGGCCGUCAUUGUGAACAUGUCCUCGGGAUGGGGAAGGUCCGGCGCCGCGCUGGUGUCCCCUUACUGUGCCUCCAAGUGGGCCAUUGAAGGGCUGAGCAAGUCCGUCGCGAAGGAGGUGCCGGAAGGGAUUGCCGUGGUGGCGCUCAACCCCGGCGUGAUCAACACCGACAUGCUCGCCUCCUGCUUCGGGCCAUCGGCUUUACUCUAUCAGCAGCCGCAGGCGUGGGCUCUCAAGGCUGCAACCAUGAUUCUCAAUCUCACCCCGGCUGACAAUGGUGCCUCUCUCACUGUAUGAACUUAAUAAUCCGUGCUUACAUUGUUGAGAAUUCUAUCAUUUUUAGAGAAAACUAACUUGUUGGAAGAAUGCUUAGCUUUUACAUGUUCGCUAAUUAGGUGAAGAAAUGCUAAUACAAUUCUGUUUACUUUUUUUUAGAACAACAACUUUUAGUCAACUGUUGUGACAAGAUUGAAGUGAUACUCUCGAUUAAUAUCAAUCAAAUUACCAUUUUCUUGGGUCUUGCAGUUA